AUGUCAAUAUUCGAGACACCCCCUUCUCAGCGCCAAUACCAUUCUUCAAUAUACUCUGCCCCGAACGUCGGCGGCGGCGGCCCAUCCUCUUCACUGAACCCAGUAUACCCCGACCUCCCCACAGAGCUACGGUCUUCCUCGAGGAAUUCCUAUACUGGCGGCUCUUCCUCGGCCUACCUCACAGAUGGCCGGUCAUUACAGCCCUUCGCUGUUGUGCCCUCUGGACCCGAGUCUGGCAUUCCACAGACUCCGAAACCGGUCUCCUCGACUGAUAAUCUGGGGCCUGUGCCACGCGCUGCUAGGACCAUUAAUGAGUUUUUGACGACGGAGGCGAGGUAUCCGCAGCUCGAUGACAUAGUUUCUCGUAGAACUCCCCCUCUCCCUCAUAUUUGGGGUAUGCGCUAAUGGUGGUUGGUAUGGGGUGAACAGAGGGUCAAUCAUCCGAUUAUGACCUCCCACGCUCAUCGGCAUGGGAGCCAUUCCAGAGAACCGCCCUGCACACUAUCCCCGACUCGAUCUUUGAGCAGUACAAUCGCGCCACAAGUCAUACGAUGAUGGGAUUGUUUGCUGGGUUACAGCAGGCGUGGAUCACGGUUGACAACCGUCUCUACCUGUGGGACUACACGACCCAGGGAUCUUUCCAAGGCUACGAAGCCCAGCCAAACAAUAUUACCGCUGUCAGACUGUUGUCGCCCAAGCCAGGUGAGUUUUUCACUUCCUUUUCCUGGAAGCUUGAGCGCAUUGGAUUGUCGGGCCUUACAUUCAUGAAUUAGGGGUGUUUGUCGACGACGUCAAUUAUGUCCUCGUUAUUGCGACAACGGUCGAUAUCUUCUUGCUCGGUGUACAGGCGGUUCCGAACGCUAGGGGCGGGAGGGAUGUUACACUUUUUGAGACUAAGAUGAGCGUCCCGACUAAGGGGCUCGGCGUUAGUGUGAUUGAGGGCUCUAAGAAGACAGGGCGGAUAUUCUUCGGUGGGAGGGGGGAUAAUGAUAUAUAUGAAUUCACGUACCAGGUAUGGCUGUUCACGGCUCUACAAUUUGGGGGCCUAUCUGCUGACGAAAGUGAAGGCGGAGGAGAAAUGGUUUUAUGGAAGGUGUGGGAAGAUUUGCCAAACUAGUGGGGGUGUUUCAUCAUUUGCUCCCAGAAUACCAUUGCCCUUCUUGAGUGGGCCGAAGGAUACGGAAUAUAUUGUCCAGAUGGUUAUGGAUGAUACUAGGAAUCUACUCUACACGCUUUCUUCAAAGUCGGCUAUCAGGGCGUUCCACGUCAAGGGUGGGACCGCCUUCUCACUGAGCAUCACACACUCAUUUUCGCACACGCUUGCCAACAUCCGGGUCAUGAUCGGGAACACACCGUUACUGGAACCUAAAACUCCCAUUGUUUCGAUCAGUCCCGUGACCUCCCAAGAAGCUCGCAGAACCCACUUGAUUGCGACAACUACAACUGGGUGCAGGCUUUAUAUGAGCGCUGUGGCUUCGGAAUACGGGUUUGGGGGAUCGGAAUCUGCACCGACAAGUAUGCAGGUGAUUCACGUUCGAUUCCCCCCGUCAACGGGACCAACUUUGACGCCAACCCGAAGGGCAAAGGUGUUUGCACCCGGAUACUUCUUUUGCUUCGUGGACAAGCCGGAGGCUGUGGAUGAGCUCUUCCUCUCGGCACCCGAUUCCGGGAGAAUCGCGAUAUUGGCGGAAGGGACUUCAAGGGCUACACUUAUUGAGACGGGGAUGUCUGUGAACCUUGACUCAAGGGUUGAGGCUGUUGAGUUGAUUUCAGUACCCUUUGCGGCUAGCAAGGGACCCAACGGGUUUGGGAACGAGCCAGCGGUUCAAUACGAUCUACCACCAACUGAAGUCGCUAUCUUGACCAAUUCUGGGGUUCACAUCAUCAAAAGAAGGCGGCUUAUUGAGGUCUUCGAUGCCGCUAUCAGAUAUGGAAUGACUAGUUCCCCGAUCGGUGUGGAGGGCGAAGCUAGGAAUUUCUUUGAAAAGUAUGGGCGAGCGGAGGGGUGCGCUUCUUCAUUGGCAGUCGCCUGUGGGGCGAGCACCGAGACCGUCAACCAGUCACAGGCUCGGACUACAGACGUGGAAGUUUCCGAGUUCGCAAGGAAGUUUUUCAUUGACUAUGGUGGUAGGCCGCGGGCUGAGAAUGUCUAUGAUGCUUCGGCAUUACCUAGUCUCGACAGCGUCAAGGUUUCAGGGAGAGCGGAGGGCCUUGCACUUUAUAUCUCUAGGAUUGUUAGAUCGAUCUGGAAGGCUCAAAUGGUUGUGGAAGUUCCUAGUGUUGUAGGUGUUGCGAGCUAUCACAGCGGCGUUCCUGUUGAGAAACUACUGUCCAUCCAGGAGCAACUCGUCAGGUUGUCGGCUUUCCUACAAAACAAUCGCAGCUUCAUCAAUGGAUUAUCCGGAGCCGAGUCCCUGAUGGGAUUGGGUAGUAGGGUCGAGGAAGUUGCCCAGCAGGCUGAACAUCGGAUGUUGCAUGCUCUUGUUACCUUAGUUGGUAACAUGAUCGAGGGUAUAUCGUUUGUGCUCUUUAUGCUUGAUGAUAAGCUUGGGGAUAUCAUACUUAGUCUUCCGGACAACCAAAAAGAGGAGGCCAAGAAGGUUACAUAUGCUGGCUUAUUCACGAGUGAUAGCGGGGCCGCUCUUGCGAAGGAGCUGGUCACAGCAAUCGUCAACAGGAAUAUUGCGGCUGGACUGAACGUGGACACCAUUGCGGAUGCGCUACGGCGACGAUGCGGAAGUUUCUGCAGCGCCGACGAUGUCGUGGUUUUCAAGGCCAUUGAGCAGGUUCGCAGAGCAAAGACAGAUGGGGAUCCGGACAACAGGAACAGGCUUUUGAGGGAGAGUUUGCGAUUGUUCGAGGAGACUGCUGCGAGCUUGACAAUGGAGAACCUCCGGGAUACCUUAAUAGAAUACAGGAGCUUGAAUUACUAUCCGGGAUCCGUACAGCUGGCUCUCACAGUCGCCAGGGAGAGUGACAGGGGUAAUGAAGCUUUGGGAUUCUUGGCUGAUGGGGCAGCUCCGACGGUUGGUUUUCGUCCGGUAUAAUGUUUGUGUGUGAUAUGAACUGAUCGAGUUGUGAACAGGACCCGAGAGCUCACUUCCACGCAAGGCGUGAGGAAUGCUACCAGUUGGUGUUUGAGGUAUUGGACGAGUUGGAUUCGAAGUUUGGGCAAAGUCCGGAAAUGCAGGAUGGCAUGCCGACUCCGGCUACCCGCUUGCGAAAUGAAACCUGGCAGUUGAUCUAUACCUCCGAUGACGAGGUCUUCCAUAAUACUCUUUAUGAUUGGCUUCACAGACGUGGACUGUCCGAUAGGCUCCUCGAGGUUGACUCGCCAUAUGUCCUCGGAUAUCUCCAGCGACGGAGCUCGGAGUCCCUGGACCAUUACGACCUAUUGUGGCAGUAUCAUGCCCGCCGCGAGAACUUCUAUGGGGCUGCCGAGGUUCUUCACAAGCUUGCCCAGAGUGACUUUGAUUUGCCGCUUGAGAGGAGGCUAGAGUUUCUUAGCCGAGCAAAGGGUUUCUGCGGUAGUUACGGUCCAAUGGGUAUUAGACAGAAGAUGAAUGAGCUUAGUCAUACCCUCCAGGAGGAAUUAGACGUUGCGGUUAUCCAGGACGAUGUGCUCCGGCGGGUCAAGGAAGAUGGCCGGAUCAACUCUUCAAAGAAGGAAAAGUUGAUCAAGGAGUUGGAUUCGAACUUGCUUACUCUUAGUGAUGUAUGUUUUAAUUCUACUUCAUUUUGUUCAAACCACUGAUUUCAAUUUUUUAUUCAGCUUUUCAAUCGCUUUGCGGAUCCUUAUGGGUACAUGGACAUUUGUCUUGCCAUCUUCCAGGGUGCAGAUUAUCGUGGGGCUGGUGAGAUCAAGAAGUGUUGGGAACAACUCAUCAGCUCAAUCCACUCUGAUGCAGAGGCUUCGGGCCAAGGCCAUCCAUACGAGCUUGUGGCCGACAACAUUCGACGGUUGGGUCACAGGUUCAAUAACUCCGAAUAUAUUUUUCCUCCAAGUAUGCCCUAUCUUCAUCCCCUAGCUUCCACAAUGCAAUUCUAAUGAGUGGUACUAGAUGACCUGGUCCAGCUCCUGGAAAUUUACGCCUACGAACACCAGCGCGACGUUGGUGCCCCGACCUGGGUCGUGGACUGCCUCCUAGAAGCCGGCAUCCCGGCCGAGACAGUGCUGAGGAUUCUGGACGAAAUGUACUGGCGCGAUGAGGUGCCCUUCCAGGGUACUGUGCGCCGGAGGCUGGUCAGGGACGCGGCCUACGUCGCGGAGAAGUGGUUCACGCACUCCGUCCGGAGGGGCGGAGAAGCGCUUGGCAAGAAGGAAUUUGUGAGGGGGGUGCUGGAAGGCUUGUCGAGGGUUACCUCGGACAAUGAUGACAGGCUGAGGAUUAUGGGGAUUCUAGAGGAGAUUAGACGCAGGAUGGGGUAG